UUUGCUCGCUCGCUCGCUCGCUGGUCGUCUUUGAUGCUGAGGCUUCUCUCCGCUGCUGCGUUGUUUGACGACGACGACGACAACGACGUUUGUGACGACUACUGCGAUAGAUAUCAUCACCGUUUGGUUUUUUUUUUAGUCGGGUGCCCGGUGGGGACUUACAACACGUGGAUGAUGCGGUGCGGGAGGCUCCAUAUGACGGAGGGAGAAAACAAGCCUCUCCCCUCUAGAUAAAAUGAGAGAGAAAGAGCUAGAACAGCGCCCUUCGUCUCCUCGCAAUGGUUUUAAGAUAUCUGCCACCGGUACCACUCCCUGAGAAGCUCCAUCGUUCCACUGAGGAAGAUACCUUUUUUGGGGGUACCGAACGAAGUGGAGAAACGGCAAGUGCAAAAAAAAAAAACUGCUCGUCUCUCCGCUCCGGCAAGCAAUUCCGGCUGCUAUCUAUUUGAUUUUUAUAACUUUAUUAAUUAGUGUUGUUCGAGUCGAACGAUGAUAGAUUGACAAAACAGCCCGAGCUCCCCAAGAAGCGUCGUUGUCCGCGUGCCAGUGAGCAGUCUAGAGUCUCUCCGUGGGCAGUGGCAGUGGUAGUGACUGACUGUCGAUUCGAUUGUUGUUGCCGGUAUCCGGUUCGACUGUGCGCUUCGGUAGCUGUCUCCCAGUAGUGUUCGCAGGUCGUGGCCGCGUGCGGAAGUAUUGUUCGGUUCUUUGUACGAAUCCACCCCGAGGUACGGUGCUGUGGGCAACCCUUCCCUCUGACGUUUCGUUUUGGGUGCCCUUUUCGGUGCGUGUUAAUGAGUACGAAUCGCCCACCCCCACCUCUUCUGUGCCACCACCAUCACCAGACGAGGCCAUCGAGCCAGAAUCAAUCCAGUCGAUCCGGUCGGGGUGAUAGGAGUGACGACAACGGCGACGAUAGCCACCACCGUCUGGCACGGGGUGAUAUUUUUUGGAGUGACCAACAAUCAAUUAGUCAGCUCGGGGAAGUGUUUAUUUAUGUGCUAAUGAUUGCAGUUUAUCCGGCACACGGGUGAUAGAGAAAAAGAGAUUUGAUUUGGUUGACAAGGUGAUUGCAAUUUGAAUAAUAAUAAUCAAACCAGUGCAAUAGUGCGUUCGGGAAGAAGAAAAACUUGAAACGGAUUGAAGAAAAGCAAGCCGUGAGUGUGUUUUGCAGUGAAUUGUGAGAAAGAGAAAGCGGAAAUUGCAAAUGCAACUGAAGAUAGCAAGUUCCCGACGGCAUGUGGCAGCGCUUACUGUGAUGAGCGUUGAGUAUGGGAUUCAUCGAAUGAAGUGCGCUGAAUGUGGACUGUGAUUUACUGUUUCUUGAAGAAUAUUGCCUUUUGAGAACAGAGCAGUGAUGGUUGAUGAACAGCUGAUUCGAAAAUUACCCAGUGUGAUGGAGAGAGUGGAAUGAAAUUCUAGAGAAGGGAAGAACAAGUGAAACCGAGACAGCACCGCAGCAACUCAGCUGAUUAUGCCGCUUUUGGUCGCCCAGCGAAGUGCCGUGCAUGGAGUGGCAUUAGACCACCAAUUCAAUCAGUGCUUUUAUCAGCAGUAUCAACCAUUGAAAACGGACAUCAAAACGUCGAAUCGGGUCCAAUUUACCAAAAUAGAUCAGCCAUUGCCGUCAUCAACGACUCAGUCGUCGUCGAACGCCGUGGAUCGUCAUUCUCAGCAGGGGCUGGAUUUCACCAUGUCCAAAUUCAAAGCUAGCUCCCGGCAUUCGCUGUAUCGGCAAUAUUAUGGCGGUGGAGGACCAGACGAAUCGCCGCCCUACGAAAAACAGGAGGAACAAGAUAACAGCGAUAGCGAAAUCCGAGAUAAACCUUACGGAAAAAUUUGGUUGAGCAACGAAGCGCAAUGGCAUCACCCCGUAUCGUUACCAACAGGUCCGCUUGGGCAGCAACCACAGCCCUUGCUGCCUCCUACCAUGGUUCCAGGUGGCUUGGGCAUGACGCCAUUGAAUUCAUCAACAUCGAUUUCACAGCACGCUAUUCCCGGCAGCCUGCUGACCAUCCGAGACAUGAUGCUCCAAAACCCUACCCUUGGGUUGUUGAAUGAGAGCAACCUUCUGCUGAAAAGGAGUAUGCUGGAGAAUAUGCCAACGAGUUCGUUAGGUGUAUUCCCUCUUGGACCCAGUCCUCUCGGUCUACCACCGACCACAAGUCCUCAAAUGUCUGCUUCUUCGUCGUCCGGAAUGACAAACCUGAGUCCGAUGAUGCAUUCGAUCAAAAGAGAGAAAGAUGACUCCGAAUGCGAAAUGAACCUCGACGAACGAAGCUCGAGACAGAAUCAAGCUACACGAUCACCGCCACCUCAUUUCGCACAUCAUUCACCUCAUCAUUCGCAUCAUCCCCAUCAUCAACAUCAUCAUCAUCAUCAUCAUCAUCAUAUCCAGCAUCAGCAACAACGAUCCAGUCAUCUUCCGCUAUCCAUGCAUCACCGUCACCGGUCAUCCCCAAUCUCUUCUUCAUUGCCCUCCUCAUCGAUGGCUGCAAGUCCAUCUUCGAUAGCAGCAACAGUGUCAUCCCACCAACAUCAAAGACAUCAAAGAGACUCCGAGGAACAUGAAUUGAAUUUCAAUGCACUGCCGCCGCCACCGUUGCUGGUGCAGUCGCAGCAACCACCACAAUCCAAGCAACCAUCGCCAAUCGCGACCAGUACCAGUUCUCAGCUCAAAACAGAGCAACCCGACGAACUUGAGCCACAUUCAAACCAUCAUCAUCAUCAACAUCAUCAUCAAUUUCACCGUCACCAUCAUCAUCCUGACGAACAACCACAUCAUCGUAGACGUCUUACGUCGCCGCAUCGAUUCGAUGGCGUUCAUGAUGACAUGAAUGACGAUGACGAAGACCACGGUGGUGGUGGAGGCAAACAUGACCGCGGACAUGCCAAUGAUGACGAACAGGGCGAGGAUGAUAACAUGAAUGGUUGCAAAGGCGGCGGUGCAUCGUCAGCAUUGGAAGCAAUUGCAGCAAGCCAGGAGCUGGCAUCCAACACCAACAGGGAACAGAGUCAAACUCGGCGAAAGUCAUCAUCACCCGACAUUAGCCGGCUCUCGAAAUCACCGUCUCCGCCUCCGUCGCAUGAUGAUAACUAUAGCGAUCGCGAAGAUGGAAGCGACCGUGACCAACUUGGCAGCCCGAUUCCGACGGAACGGCCGGACCGCGUUACUCCUCUCAACCUGAUUACGGAUGCCUCUCGGCGAACACCGUCUCCACCUCAGCAAACGCCGGGUAAUGUUCCCAGUAACAGUAGUAUUGGUGUGGCGUUAGCCGCCCUCCAGAAUCAGCUUCCGUUGGGAUCUCUUUUCCUACAGAACCAGCUGGGGUUGGGAACCCUGGGUAGUCUGUCCAGUCAGGAGUUGAACGUUCUGCAGCAGGCGUUGCAAGCGCAGCAAGCCUCCUUCCAGCAGCAGUUGCAAAAUUACAUGCUCAUGCAGGCGCAAGGCAAUGUCGGCGGAAAUGGGAACGCUGCUGCCCAGGCCACGGCCCAGGCUGCCGCCCAGUUUCUCAUGCAAAAUCAGCUUAAUCCAAGCUUCCCCACUCCGCCUCAGUCAAUCACUAACAGUGCUACUAGCGUCUCUACUAACAUCACCAAUCCUUCCACUAUCACAACCAGUGCGUCCAGUAUUGCCACCACCACUAACCUUAAGCUAAUGCACGAUGGAUCACGAUCGCUACAGGUCCAGCAAGCAGUCGCCCAACUGCAAGCCCUUCAACAGAAGCAACAACAGCUCAAAGCCAGUUCGACUCCCACCUCCGGCAAUCUAUCCGCAUCGUCACCCCUCCACAGCCCAUCAGGAAGCCCCGGACUACACCACCCAUCGGCGCAUUCGUCCAUGCUGGGAUCGAGUCAAACCACACCUCCGAACGUGAACCAGCUGAACGUUGGCGGAAUCCUAACCCCAUCGACACCCGGCUCGACCGCUCACACUCCUCAGCUCCAGAAGCAUAAUGCCGCUCCACGUGCCCUUGAACCGUCGCCCGAGGAAACCACCGAUCUCGAGGAACUGGAACAGUUUGCCAAAACGUUCAAACAGCGACGGAUAAAGCUCGGCUUUACCCAGGGCGACGUGGGGCUGGCGAUGGGAAAACUCUAUGGAAACGACUUCUCCCAGACCACCAUUUCCCGAUUCGAGGCCCUUAAUCUGAGCUUCAAGAAUAUGUGCAAACUGAAACCGCUGCUGCAGAAGUGGCUCGAGGACGCCGAUAGCAGUAUUUCCAACCCUGGCGGCCGAAUCUUCAGUCCCAGCACCAUCGCCAGCACGACGCCCACGCCGGAGAUGGUUGGCCGCCGGCGCAAGAAGCGCACCUCGAUCGAAACCUCCGUCCGGGUGGCCCUCGAAAAGGCCUUCCUCGUGAAUAGCAAACCUACCAGUGAAGAGAUCACCAACCUCGCGGACAACCUCUGCAUGGAGAAGGAAGUGGUCCGGGUUUGGUUCUGCAACCGACGCCAAAAGGAGAAGCGAAUAAACCCCCCGAACGGCAUGGAAAGCCCGACGCACUCUUCCGGCAGCAGCGAAAUGUUCCAAAUGCCGAACCUGUCCAGCGGAAGUCUGCCUGCCCACUAUCCACCGCACCAUACGAUGGGGCCCGGCGGUAUCAAACAGGAAUGACUAGGCAGCGGAUCUUCGACGAUGAUGACGCCCUAUGAAGACGUCGGAGGUCUGCCCUCGUCACCGAGUCCCGCCGCCCAUCAGCAGCAUCACCCCUUUCUGAUUUGAAACCGUUCUACCCCCGUUCCUUGAAUCCUUGUCAAAUCUACCACCAACCCUUCCCCUUGGUAUUCCAACGCACAUAUCAGAGCGAUCCUUGGUGAUCUGGAAAACAACAGUGAAAUGCAGUCUACGCAACUUCUGAGAAGUUGCACCCCCGCUCGUAGCCAACGAUUACGUGUGGCUCCCCCGAUUCUUAUUUAUUACAUCGUAACAAAGAAGUGAACUACAAAAAAAAAACAAGAGGAUAUUUACGUUAAUGUGUUCCGUAUUGAAAACAGACAUGCAAAUAGAAUGUGAAGUAAAUUUAAUUAAAUCAAUAUUAGUGUCGUAAGCGUAAGGAUGAGAGACAUUCCUACCUACUUAAGUACUGUACGAAAGAACUCUAUGCACGAUGAGCUAAACGACGAGCGGCGAUAUCAUUCCAAAAGAAGCUUUAAGCAUUUUCUCCAUUUA